CUGCUCAUGGAAGACGUGGGAAAGCAGGCGUGGGCGAAGAGGGUGGUUGAGGGUGCGAACGAGGUGAUAAAUUACGUCCGCAAUCACCACUGGACGAGGAACUUCUUGCGCGAGCCAGGGGAGCUGAGGGGCAAGGUGCUGCAGCUGUUGAAGCCAGCGGGCACCCGGUUCGGAACCCAGUACAUUGCAGUGUCGAGGCUUGUAGACCUCCACGGGAAGCUGACUGUGUUGGUGGCAGGCGAAACGUGGAAGGCGUGGGCCGUAGGGAAGCAGAAGGCAGCGGCCGAUUCCAUCCAGAGCAUUGUGCUUAACCAGGCUUGGUGGGCAGCAGCUGAGUUCUUUGUCAAGCUGUUGAAACUGCCUUACCUUGUGAUGCGGUCGACUGACUCCUCGGCCAAGGGGAUGAUGGGGCAGAUUUAUGAGCUCAUGCUCAAACUCACUGUGGACGUGACUGAUCUGUUGAAGAAGGAAGACUUGCAGCUGACGCCGGAGGAUAAGGAGGGGAUUGGGGAGAUCAUCCAGCAUCGGUGGGACCGAGGAGACUAGGGCGGUUCUUGCGGGGAACAUCCCGGAUGCUCCCAUUCCAAAAGGAUACAACGUCG